AUCUCCCAUUUCUAAUUCAUUCUCAGUUCUCCUCUCUCAAUGGAGCCUCUCCACAUGGACGGCCAAGAACGUCCUGCUCCCCUUCAACCGUUACUGCCACCGCUUAACCCUACUCCCUAUGGACUUUUUUCCCCCUCACUUCCUUCCACCUCUCUACAGCCUUCAUUGGAACCUCAGCUGCUUCCGGAGAUUGAUUGGAUUGGGCUUCUCUCAGCCCAAGGUGGGCUCAGCACUGACAACAAGGUAGCGCCAUUGAUGGAAGCUGCUUCUUUGGUUUCUAAAAAUGGAGGUGAGGAAGAAAAAGGAGACAAGGACAAGAGGAAAAGUAGCAAGAUGAAGAAGACAACUCGACCUAGGUUUGCGUUCCAGACGAGAAGUGCUGAUGAUAUCCUUGACGAUGGCUAUAGGUGGAGAAAAUAUGGACAGAAAGCUGUGAAGAAUAGCAGUUACCCCAGGAGCUACUACCGGUGCACGCAUCAUACAUGCAACGUGAAGAAACAAAUUCAGAGGCUCUCAAAGGACACAGGGAUCGUUGUGACGACAUACGAAGGCAUUCAUAAUCAUCCUUGUGAGAAGCUGAUGGAAACCCUAACUCCUCUUCUCAGGCAAAUGCAAUUUCUCACAAGGUUCUAAUUAUUGAACUCUUUACUUAAGUAGUGACCUUCAUCGCAAGUACAAUAAUAAAAUGAAGCAAUAUUUGUUCUUGGUUUUUUUCCUUUAAUUCCUGUAUUUUUGUCCGUGUUAAAUGUGGAGGCUGUAAUUAAAAUUAAUGGAUCCCA